AUGCCUCCCAAACGUGGGAAUGAGGCCGACGCCAUCUCCUCCCCAGAGAAGCGCGCCAAAACCGAUAGCUCUCGUGCAGCCUUGAAGGCUAUAGCUGACAAGGGCGGGGUACACGUUCGAGUCGCUACCAUGUGUUCGGGCACAGAAGCCCCCAUCUUUGCACUCAAGAUGUUUCAGGACAGCUUUGCCAAGCUCCACAAUGGCAAGCAGCUCAUCUCAAUCAACCAUGUCUUCAGCGUCGAAAUCGAGCCGUUCAAGCAAGCCUAUAUCCGCCGGAACACAACGGGAAGCACCGUCUUUCGCGACGUGACAGACUUUGUGAACCCGAAAGACGAUCAAGCGCCGACCGCCAUGGGCGGCUUGGAAGCAAUUCCCGGCAACAUCGACAUUGUUGCAGGUUGCUCCUGUGUCGAUUUUUCUACACUCAACAACAAGAAACUGAAGGACAUGGGUGUAAAAGUUGACGACCCGACGUCCACGGAGCAGGUCAAGUCCUGGUUCAAGAAAGCCUCCGAGAAAAUCAAUUCCGGCAACUCUGGAAUGGCUCAGUCCCAGCUCACCUUCUUCUCCAUGCUCAAUUAUGCGAAUGAUCGACGGCCUAAGGUCGUGAUCUUGGAGAAUGUGAUGAGUGCACCCUGGGAAGAAAUUUGCGAUGUGUGGUUCAACGAGGUAAUCAACUAUGCCGCUACUUCCACGAAACUAGACACAAAGGACUUCUACAUCCCGCACACAAGAACCAGAGGCUAUCUCAUCACUGUUGAUCGCUACCAUUUCGGAGACAAAUCGGACGAAAUAGUUCGCCAUUGGAAACAGACAAUUUGCCAGCUCGAGCGAAAAGCCUCCUCUCCCCUCACGGAUUGGGUACUCCCGUCGAAUCACCCUCUCACCAUCCGAGCUCGUCAAGACGAUUCCGAGAGAGCGUUGAGACUUCGGGCCCGUGAUAGCGACUGGGAACAUAGCAAGCUGCGACACGUCCGAGUCCGUCGGGUUGAAAAACUUGGCGAUGACCGCCCCCUGCCUGGAUGGGGCUCCCACGGGGCAAAGAAGCCGUACGAUCGACUCGACCGGCUUGUCGUUGCGUCUCUGGGCGAUCGCGCCAUGGACUGCAUCGAGAUCAAUUACCUGCGCGGUAAAGUGUCGAAAUUCGACUCCCAAUACAAGGUGCAGGUUUUUGACCUCAGCCAGAACAUCGAUCGGAGCGGUUUUAACACCAACCUUGGCCUAUCGAACUGCAUCCUAUCGAACUGCAUCACGCCAAGAGGACAGAUCUUUGUCACCGACCAGUGCCGAUUGCUCUCGGGGUAUGAGGCCCUCGCCAUGCAGGGUCUGCCCCUGGACUAUCUGGAUUUAACAAGAGAGUCGCAAGAGGAGCUGCGGGACCUUGCUGGCAACGCCAUGAGAACGACCGUCGCUGGCGCAGCUGUCAUGAAUAUGCUGCUCACCGUCGAUGGCUAUACGGACAACGCCAGACCAUUCUUCAAAUUGAUUGACAACACAGGAAGCCAACAAUGCGACUCCCACUUCUCUAACCCGCAAGCCGAUCUUUACGGACAUCACGACUUCAGCACCACAAAGAAGCCCUCGACAGAUAUGCAGUCCCUCCUGAAGCUCGCGCAAAGCUGCCGACGGUAUUGCUACUGCAGCGGAGCCGCAAAGUAUAGCACGGAAUGCUUCAAGAAGUGUCGUGUUUGCGGCACGAUCCGCUGUUUCUGGUGUGCUGGUAAUCCUGUCCAUGAAUAUCAUGCGUUCACCAGACCUGAGUCUGUUCCGCUCGAUUCUGUGAGCUACAGAAUCAUGGGAUUUGUCCCCAGUGUCAUCAAGAAUGUCGUCGUUCGCGACUCCUUUGCGUCAGGAGACUCUCAGUUUACUAGCACGCUCGCCGCAAUUCCCGAGCUUAUUGAGGCUCUCUGCAGUGCGACCUUCUACUAUAAGCAGGUCCUUGUCACCGAGCAGAUAAUAAUCUGGUAUUCUGCUGAAGACCCCGACGCUAGCUUUGCACUCCGGGGCGUGAUCUCGGAUCAAGGCAUAUCGUGGUACCUUUCCCUGGCAUCUUGGUGUUCGCUCGCAGACAGCGUCGUUGGAAACUCUGGACGCAAGCUGGAUCGAGAAGAUCUAGAGCGACCCUUUGCCCGCUUGCACCUUGAGAGAGUGGUAGAACACAGUGUAUCUCAUCUCCCAGAGCCUAUACAACACGACGUGGAGUCUCUUUUCGGGGUUUACCAGCACCAGCCAGGCUGCGACUCAUCUCGAGACAGCCUUCAUUUCUGUGAAGACAAGGGCCUCUACCUCUUCGAGGAUCCGUCGAAAACCCUAGCGGCCGAUCAUGACUUAUAUGUCAUCUCUCGAGAAUGCAGGGCUUUGGAGACCUACGAGCACCGUGGGCUACUGGUCAAAUUCCCGAAAUUUUGGGAUCACAAGACUAUAAGUGCCACGGGCCAUUGGCUCAAGGCGGGGCCCAAUGACAGAAACACGCUCUGCUUCACUGAACAGGAGCCCUUCAAGGAUGUGGAACGGCUUUGUAUUUCUCGUGACGCCGUCAACUCCUGCAGCGAAGCACUGCCUGCUGCGGUGCGCUCUGAAGGCGGCCAUCGGGGUCAAGUCCUUGCCAGAUUUGACGCUAUUAGGCACAGCCAUGGUGACAAGCAAUUGGUCUUGUCUAAGUACGGUUUUGCCGACAACCAGACAGACCACCGUCCUGCUGGUUGGGUCGAUGUAGCGAAGGCGGACCUGGCGCCACUGAUUGAAUACUUGUCACCUAUGAAUGUCAAAUUGGCUGGCAAGGAAUUCUUACGGCUUAAGAUCGACCUCCCUAAACUCACCGAAUCCUGCUCAACUUGCUCCCCGCCUAUACCAAAAGUUCACUGGAUCGCGAUCAAGGCGGAUAAGCGAGUACCUCACACGGUAUACCAGGAGAUGACGGCUUAUGAGAAUCAGCUGAGACAACGCCCGCCUGUCUUCCAAGUCCAGAUCAAAAAAGCAGACACCUCCAAGGUCCAUGGCAACAGCGACAUUGACCCAACAGGAGGUCAAAUGAGCAAGCUCAGUUUGCAAUACAUCUUGAACGGAGAUGAACUUGGACAUCAAGCAUCGUCCUAUCUACUGCAAGGUGGUGCUGCGACCUUGCAAAAGUCCACUACAUCUGAUAUCGAAAUGAUUGCUUGGACAGACGUUGCUGCUGCAGAUAUUCUGUACCAUACUUUCAAGUCUUUCAGCGAGUCUCUAAUCCCUCUCGACCGCAUGGAGAAUGUCUUGCCACUGAUACAAGCAACGGCAGGGUUCAAUGGUAAGCUGCUAGGCAAUCAACAACGAUCGUUGUCUUGGAUGCUCCAACGAGAGACAAGUGGCCUUCACUUUCAGGAGCGCGAGAUAGAAGAGGUUCUUGUACCCGAAUUGAAGCUACGCUUCGCUGGCCGAGCUACGCGACAGGUCUGUCGUCGUGGCGGCGUACUUGCCGACGACCCAGGCUACGGUAAAACAGUGGUCACCCUCGCGCUGAUCGCGGCCCAGAGAAAAUUCGACGAGAACGGUUUGAUCAAGACUCGAAGCACUGACGAGGGCCUCGCAUGUUACCCCCUUAACGGCUCUCUCAUUGUCGUACCAGGGCACUUGACAGCGCAGUGGAGUGCUGAAGCUAAGCAUUUCCUUCAACUUGAAGACCAUGACGUCCUCGUCAUUCAGAGUUGCAAGGAUCUGAUGGGUACUCCGAAAGCCUUGUUGCAGAAAUUCGAGACAGCCAAGAUCAUCAUCGUGAGCACCGAGAUUCUGGCUGGAAAGGGCGGCGACGGCUACUAUGAUGCUCUUGCGAAAUGGGCAGGCGCUAUGCAGCCACCUGAUCGAUCAGCUGCCCAACAGCGUCCAUUCCGGGAUUGGUACGAGGACGCAGUCCUUGACGUGCGAAAGCAUGCUGUACCCCUUCUAUCGACCCUUGAUGCGGAUAAUCGAGUCAAUAUCGGCGAUGAGCUCCGCAAGAUCGCCAAUCGCCGUGACAUUCGCAGAAAAGAGUACUUCGCCGCUGUUGGUGACUACCAAAAAAGAGAGACGAGAGAGAACCUAGCACCGGCUGACAUGGGCGACGUCAAGGAGAAAGGCCUACAUACUAAAGAGAAGGAGUCCGGCUUUUGGGCACAACUUGACCGGCAGGAAAUCCUCAAGGGCAGAACCAUUUUCCCACUUGAAGCCUUCAGCUUUGCGAGAGUCGUCUAUGACGAAUUUUCGUACAGCAACGGCUACGUAGGAUUGUUCGUCAGAAACUGCAGCACUUACGCAAAAUGGGUUCUUUCUGCGACACCGCCGACGCAGAAACUUGGCGACAUUUGCGUCAUUGGCGACAUAUUGAACGUACAUGUUGCCCGACCGAUUGAAGCACGAAUCGGUCUCCCGCGGAUAACGGAGGGCCCAAAGUUGCCUGAUCGUACCAAUGGGGAGAUGCAGCUGACGCAUGGAAAGCUGCAAUCCGACCAGAGUGUGAGAGAGCGGCAGGACCAGGGGCAUAUGUUUCUGAAGCACUUUGCCAGCGCUAACCCCCUCGACGACUGCACCUAUACCAAAGGACUUCAAGUCGAGGAGCAUGUUGUCGUUUCGAACAUGGACCCUGAAGAGACUAUCCAUUACCUGGACCUCCAACAGGACUUGCAUCAUUGUGGCCUGGAUGUUGACAAGUUGCGCCGUGAAUCGAUGGCGCUGCUACCUGUGACACGGAGUUGGCAAGGAACGAACGGCAGGCUUCUCGCUGGGCAGAAUCUAUGCCUCCGUGCUUCACUGCGGCCCGCCCAAACUUCAGCAGGCGUGGGAGUACGGGGCUUUCGUCACGCUCUUUUAGUCGCAGCGCAGAACUAUUUGAGGAUCGUGGCGGAGAAGGCGCUUUGGCUUGUCCAACGCAUGGUCAGCAUAAGUGAAGAGACCGUGUCAGAUUCGGCGAAGAAUUCGGUCACCGACAUUUACAUCAUGUUCCGAAAGCUCUGGGCCAAGGACGUCAGCUUCUUUGGUGGAGCCGAUGCCUACGACGCGGUCUUCGAGGCCAUUAUUCCGACUGGAUUCACGAUUCCACCUCUUCCAGGCCCCGAGGUCGGAGACAAGCCCUCGAGCGGCGAAGUGAAGAGUCUGCGGGACUUGGAAGCGGAAAGACAUUAUUCUUUCGCAGCUUAUUUCGCGCUAGCCAAGGAUGACGUUACUCUUCUGGACGACACAGAGGUUCAGGCCCUUGUGCAAGACCUCAAGGGUCGGUCGCCUCAACUGAAAGAACGGCCAGCGGAAUCGGAUGCGUCGCCAACCGGCCUGUUCCCACGCCAGCAGCUGGAGGAAUACAUUGAGGAGAAUAUCCUGCAGAAGGAAUACGAACGGGCGGAAGAGACGACCCGUGCCCCUACGCCAACGUUCCAGGAAAAUCUCACUAACUCAUCCGACUACACUGGCAAUAAAGAUCCUCUAUUAGACCUGUGCCGCCGGCGAGGUGUCAAAAGCAACUCAGCGGACAAGAAGGACAUCGUGGUCCAACGUCUGAAGGAUUACGACUCGGGGGACCUCCAGCCUCAGGACUACGCUGCGGCUGCUUUCUGUAAGCUUGAGCGAGCCCUGUACCCUCGCAAAGAUCAAACGGUCAAAAACACCUCGAAUCUGCAUUUGGUCCCCGAGUGCGGACACCUUCUGUGCGCGGAGCACUUUGAUGGAACGAGCUGCGGCGACGUUGCGUCCAAGAUAGAUGGUCUGAAGAGUGGAUGCCCCUCGGAGCUUGCCGGCAAGACCAUACCCAUGUCGAAAUUUGACGGCGAUGAACGCACCAUCACUUGGGGCGCGACCUCCCCCAAUGGCGCGCUCGCUGGCACUGCUACAAGCUUGACGGGCAGCCAUGCUCAUCUAAGCUCCAAGUCCGUCAUGAUAGUCGAUGUUAUCAAGCAGGUGCCAAAAGAUGACUGCGUCCUCGUGUUCUCGCAACACGACGAACAGCUCGAGGAGCUCAAGCUUGCCAUGGAUGCGAACGGGAUAUCGUUCGUGAUGGGCAAGGAGGCUGCGACGUUCGCUCCAAAGAAGAAGGCGUUUACGGAAUCGGCCAUGGCUGAGAUCUCAAUUACUGCGAAGGCGUCAGCCUCUGCUCCGGUCUCGCCCAACCCGAACCCGAACAAGAAGGAAAGAAGUAGCCCCGACUACUACACCCCCGAGGACAACUCUUCUGAGGUUUCUGCCCGUCGCAAGUUGCGCAGAGUUGGCGACGAUGCGGCCAGUUCAUCCGCAAUGCUUAUUGCUAAUCAAGCCCCGGUUCCCGAGGCUUCUGGCCUUACCAGCUCUGGAUCAUCCGCUACCAGAGCGACUCGACCGAGAACUGCGAGGGCGAACCAAACACGCAAUGUCCAGCAGUAUACACCUGCGCCGAAGAGGCCUGCAUCUUAUGAUCCGAAGAAUCCUCCCCCUAAGGACGAGCCACAUCCGAUUUCCACAACACACAUACUGCCCUAG